AUGCCGCCAAAGAAAGUGGAACCGAAAAAGACAGAGGUGAAGAAGGUGGAGGCAAAGAAGGAGGAGCCUCCUCCUCCAGCAAAGCCCGUGGAGCCGGAGCCCAAACCCCCCGAGGUGGACCUGAAGAGCAUCGUGGUGGAGUUCACCCCCGACCAGAUCGAGGAGUUCAAAGACGCCUUCACUCUGUUCGACGAGACGCCAGCUGGCGAGAUGAAGAUCACCUACGCUCAGUGCGGCGAUGUUAUGCGGGCGCUGGGACACAACCCCACCAACGAGGAAGUGCUGAAGCUGCUGGGGAGGCCGAAGGCGGAGGAGCUGAACGUCAAGCUGCUGGACUUUGACAGCUUCCUGCCCAUGCUGCAGCAUGUGGCCCGCUCCAAAGAGCAGGGCAACUUUGAGGACUUUGUGGAGGGGCUGAGGGUCUUUGACAAGGAGGGAAACGGCACGGUGAUGGGGGCGGAGCUCCGCCACGUCCUCGCCACGCUGGGAGAGAGGAUGACUGAGGACGAGGUGGAUCGUCUGAUGGCGGGACAGGAGGACGCCAACGGGCACAUCAACUACACCGAGUUUGUCAAACACAUUCUGGCCGGAUAG